CAGGAAGACCAGUGCUAAGAGGAGCUGAUUGAUCCCAGACAGGAGAACAGAAGGGAAAAUAUUGAUGGAUUUGAAGCUGCAGUCUGUAGAGCAUUUGACAGUACUAGAGAAAUAAUUGUCAUCUGGUGCAUAUAGUUUCUGAUGCAGCUGAGAAAAAUGCAGACCAUUAAAAAAGAGCAGGCAUCUCUGGACACUUCUAGCGGCGUGGACAAGAUAGUGGUACUUAAUUCUGCUCUGACAGAAGUGUCAGAGGACCUGACUGUGGGUGAAGAACUACUUCUGAACGAAGGCGGCAGCGUGGGCAAAAACAAAUCUUCAGCAUGUCGAAGGAAACGUGAAUUUAUUCCCGAUGAGAAGAAAGAUGCUAUGUACUGGGAAAAGAGGCGGAAAAACAACGAAGCUGCCAAAAGAUCUCGGGAGAAGCGCCGACUCAAUGACCUGGUUUUAGAAAACAAACUGAUAGCACUGGGAGAGGAAAAUGCUACUCUGAAGGCCGAGCUGCUUUCCCUCAAGUUGAAGUUUGGUCUAAUUAGCUCGGCUGCAUAUGCACAGGAAAUCCAGAAGCUCAGUAACUCUGCUGCCAUGUACUUCCAAGAGUACCAGUCAUCUAAGGCUGCAACAUUUGCAGAUGAGCCUGAGCCCACACUGGCCCCUGCGGGAUGCAUCUCAGUCAUCAAACACUCCCCGCACAGCUCCCUGUCUGAUGCUUCUGAAGCAUCCUCAGCCGAGCUGGCACUGGCCCGGGACAGCCCUGACAGCAAGUUCCAGAUCAUCAAGCAGGAGCCUAUGGAGCUAGACAGCUUCACCCGGGAGACCAGAGAUGAGCGGAGCGCCUACACCACCUCCAUUUACCAGAACUACAUGGGGACCUCCUUCUCCGCCUUUGCACACUCGCCACCUCUCCUGCAGGCCAGCAGGUCCUCCAGCAAUUCCCCAAGAACCUCCGAGACUGAAGAUGGCGUGGUGGGCAAGGCCUCGGAUGGAGAGGAUGAGCAGCAGGUGCCCAAGGGCCCCAUCCAUUCCCCAGUGGAUCUGAAACAUGUGCACGGCACCAUGGUGAAAGUGCCCGAAGUGAGUUCCUCUGCUCUGCCACACAAGCUUCGAAUCAAAGCCAAAGCCAUGCAGAUCAAAGUAGAAGCCUUUGAUAAUGAGUUCGAGAACACGCAAAAACCUCCUUCACCUGUUGAUAUGACGUCUAAAAGACAUUUGGAACUGGAGAAGCCCAGUGCCCCGAGUGUGGUGGUGCAUUCUCCCCUCACCCCUUUCUCAGUGCAGGUGACGAACAUUCAAGAUUGGUCCCUUAGAUCUGAACACUGGCAUCCAAAAGAACUCAAUGGUAAAACUCAGAGUAGCUUCAAAACUGGAGUUGUAGGGAUUAAAGACAAUAGCUACAAAGUUUCUGAAGCAGAGAAUCUGUACUUGAAGCAGGGAAUUGCAAACUUAUCUGCAGAGGUGGUCUCACUUAAGAGACUAAUAGCCACACACCCAAUUUCUGCUUCAGACUCUUCUUAAAUGACUACUGAGUCACAUCCAGGCAUUCAGAAUGAUGCCGUUUGCCAUAGAUCAGUAUGUUUUGUAUCUCGCUGAGCUCUCCCUGGCCCUGUGAUGUCAUUUCACUGUAAUGUGCACAUGUCGUCUGUUUGGUGUCUUUGUGUGCACAGACGAUGAUUCAGAUUAGAUGAUGUCCUCACUCUGCCUUGUGUAUAGUCAGAUAGUCCAUACAAAGGCUGUACAUAUUGAACAUUAUUUUUGUUGUUCGACAAUAAAGUGUGUAAAGUACCAGUUUCAAUAAACCA